AAGUCGCACUGAAGGCGUCCAGACCUGGAAGGAGGCACGGGAGCAGCUCAGACAGGAAGAGGACACAAUGAGGACACGCACACUUCUGUCCAUCACCCUGCUGGGCCUGCUGCUGUGGGCCUCCAGCGUCCAAGCCAAUGACUCAGAAGACAGCAGUGAGAAGGAGACGGAGACACCGAAGGAGACGGUAGAGGAUGCGUCAGUGGAGGAGGCUGAGGACGAGGAAGACAAGGAGGCUCCACAGAAGGAGAAAACCACAGAGAUAGAGGAGGAGCAGGACGUGAUGGUGCUUCACAUCAACAACUUUGACAGAGCGCUCAGUGAGAAUAACUACGUCCUGGUGGAAUUCUACGCUCCCUGGUGUGGUCACUGUAAACAUCUGGAGCCUGUUUACGCCGAGGCUGCUGGGAAACUGAAGGAGGAGAAAUCUGCUCUGCGUUUGGCCAAAGUGAACGCCAUUGAAGAACAAGAGCUGGCCGAGGAGUUUGACGUCAGAAGCUUCCCCACGUUGAAACUGUUCGUCAAUGGAGACCGCAAGCAGUCCGUUGACUACACUGGUAAGAGGUCAGCAGAGGGAAUAAUCCAGUGGAUGAAGCAUCGCACCAGCGCUGGUGCUGCAGUGCUGGACUCUGUGGAGUCCGCGGCCCAGUUCGUUGAGGCCCAUAACAUUUCAGUCGUUGGAUUCUUUGAUAGUCUGGAAAGCGAAGCAGCCGUGGCCUUUAAGGAAGUUUUUCUGGAUCAAACUGAAACAGAGUUUGCUCUGACGGCUUCUCCGGAAAUCUUCCAGAAGUAUGAAGUAAAAGCCAACUCAGUGGUGCUCUUCAAAAAGUUCGAUGACGGCCGUGCAGACUUCGCUUUGUCAGAAGAAGGAAAGCUGGACAAAAAGGAGCUAAUGAACUUCAUCAAUGAAAACAGCCUGGAGCUGAUCAUCUCAUACAACCAGGAGAAUUCAGAAAAGAUCUUCAGCUCCAGUGUUAAGAUGCACAGCCUGCUGUUCAUCAACUCCACCGUGGACAGUCACAAAGAACUGCUGGAAGAGAUGAGGACGGUUGCAAGAGAGUUGAAGAAAAAGAUGCUGUUUAUCUCCAUUGACGUGACGGCAGGCUUCGGUCAUGUGCUGACUUACUUCGGUGUGUCUGCGGACGACGCCCCCACUGUUCGUGUCAUCAACAUAAAGACAGGAAUAAAGUUCAACACCAACUCUGACAAACUGACUCUGGACUCACUGCGACAGCUGUGUCAGGACGUUCUGGAGGGAAAUGCUUAGCCUUACUUUAGAUCAGAGGAGAUCCCAGAAGACUGGAACAAAGGACCUGUCAAAGUCCUGGUUGGGAAGAACUUUGAGUCUGUUGCUCUGGAUCCGACCAAAAACGUGUUUGUGGAGUUUUAUGCUCCGUGGUGUGGUCACUGUAAAGAACUGGCACCAACAUGGGAAAAGCUGGGGGAAAAGUAUGCUGACCACGAUGACAUCAUCAUAGCCAAGAUGGACGCCAUCGCUAAUGAGAUUGAGUCUGUCAAGGUGGAAGGAUUUCCCACACUCAAAUAUUUCCCUGCUGGUGGGAAGGAGGCCGUGGACUAUACAAGCCACAAGAGAGAUCUGGAGACCCUCUCUAAGUUCCUGGAUAAUGGGGGUGUGAUGCCUGAGGAGGAAAGUGAUGAUGGGGAAGACGAAGACGAGGACGAUGAUGGAGAGGACGGAGACGACGACUCUGAAAAGUCUGAGGAUGCCAGUGAUGAGAGCAAAGAGACUGAUGAGACGACAGAGGCUUCGGCCAAUGAAACGGUUAAAGACGAGCUGUGAUGUCACUUUGUUUUCCCUUUGAAAUAAACUCUUUUUAUUUAACACAA